AGCGGCUGUGGCGGCAGCAGUUGGCGGGUUGGCGGGUUGAUUCAAAUGAAAGAUGGCGCUGAUGCGGGUCGUGGAGCUGCUGAGACUCAGCGCGGUUUCUACAGUUUGGGUGGACACCAUCUGGGAUUUGGAGUUCACUGAUAUCGAGCCCCUCGACUCUCGAAUUGAAGAUGAGAUCAAAGAAGACCCUGAGGUUUUUAAGAAGCUUUACAAGCAGCUUCUGCCCUUCUCCAGUGAUGAUGACAGCGCUCAGAAUAUCUGGACGGUUCUGGGAGAGAAUGAGGUAUCGGUUAAGUCACUGGUGGCCGUGCUGGCGUACUUCAUCCUUGGUGGAAAAGCUAAAUCCCCAAGUGUCGAGCAGAGACACUACAGUCUACAGGCGUCUUCACUCUACCUGCUGCUGCUCAGGAUCCCAGGCAGUGUUGCCAACAAAGUGUUCCACCAGAUCCUGUUUGAUACCUGUCUGGAUGUCAUACUGAGGUGCUGGCCACAGACCUGCGGGAAGAAGCGCAAGAAGACCGCUCUGAAGAGCUCUCAGGGUGACCCCAAGACUGGCAAACGCUCCAAAUCUCAGAAGAAAGCUUCAGAAGAGAUGGAGAUUGACGAGGAUGAUGAGGAAGAAGAAGAGGAAGAGGUGUAUUUCUCUGCUCAGGGUCUGUUAAAAUUGAGGGAGGACGUGGUGGCUCUGCUCCAGACACUGCUCAGGCUGCUGGAGAAGUUUUCCCUGAAGGGCAAACCACAGAGUGUCGAUAGCUGCUUGAGGAUUUUUACUGAGCUUACCACCUUUGAGCCAGUAGUUGGGGAGCUUUCCUUCACUGAGAAACGAGAUGUGGAUCAGUUGGAGAGACUUCCUGAGUUAGCAUAUCAUGGCCUGUGGCUGCUGUGCUCCCCAACUCAUGGUGAAGGAAAUGAGUGUCGUCGCCGUGUCUUCCACCGCCUGCUGUACGUGAUUCUGAUGAUGAGGAAGGAUGAGAGAUCAAAUCCGUGUCUGCUGGCGCCCUCACAGACCGUCUAUAAAGCCAGAGACCAGGCCAUCCUCUUUAUCUGUAAUAUUGUGGAUGAGCAGCCUGAAGCCACCUUACCCCUUCUGAAGAUCCUUUUACAGCACAUUUGCCACCAGAUGGUUGAGAAAUCAGACUAUCGAGCCAGUGGAUCUCAGGCUGUUGGCAAGCUGAUGGCUAAGAUGCCGUGUGAGGAAUAUGCUACUUUCAUCAGGUGGCUGCAUAACUACUCCCAGAACAACAGGGUGGCGUUCCGAAUGUUUGCUCUGGACGUGACCGUAGUGCUGCUGGGAGUGGAUGAGCGGGAAGCAGACGAGUCUCUGAUCACUGACCUGGCUGUCUACCUGUCGCACCGUUUCCUAGUGCACAACAUAAUCUACGCCCGAUGCUCCGACAUCUCGCCCACCGUCAGAGGCCACGCCCUUCACUGCCUCGCUCAAUGUCUGGAACUGCCUUCCCGAAACGCCACCAAGUGGAUUCACGAGAUCUUUUCUUCAUCCUCUACUGCUGGCACACAGACGCUGAUGGAGACUGUCCAUUCAGAGAAAACUCUAAAAAGAAGAGACACGGCUCAGAAAACGGCAAUGACGUUUCGCACGAUCGAGCUGAGCAAACACAAGAGCAUUGCAGCGGCCAGUCACCACGGCGGCACAGGCAGCGGCAUCAUCCCCGACAACACGUCCGUGGAGUACCAAGAAACCAUGGCCCUGUUCAAACAGCGCAUCGGUGAUCCCAAACCCAACGUCAGGAAAUGUGCACUUGAGACGGUGAUGAGUCUGCUGAAGCAUGGUGUGAUCCUGUGCAGUCCGGAGAAUCUGGCCAUCCUGUCUGAGCGCUGUCGAGACCCUGCGGUGUCUGUGAAGAAGAAAUCCAUGCAGUGUCUGAUGGACCUCCUCACUGCUCUACACGACAACAUUGAGGUUCAGGAGGCGUGGCUGCGGGGAGUGGUUCCUACAGUGAUUGACUCUGAGAGCACGGUGCAGGAGAAAGCUCUGGAAUGUCUCGACGACGUCAUCCUGAAGCACAUUAAAAGCCACGGCAGCUACAAGAACCACGACACCUCCCAGAAACUGGCCUGGGACCUGCUGGGGCUGAUGUGUGACAAGUGCCAGGACCUCGGCCGUUACUUCAGUAAGGCGUUCAGCGUGUGGUCACGGCAGCAGAAGUUCACCACUACGUUUGUGAACAACCUGAUCUGGCACACCGAGGGCGAUCGUGCUGCGGAGGCGUGGCUCCUGCUGGCUAAAGUGGCCGGCGGCUCCUCCAAGCUCAACUACGGCACCGUGCUGGAGGCAUGGGAGCACACCGUCAGGUCUCCUGUGGUGGAUGUGAAAACAACCUGUCACAUCCUCACUGUUAUCAGUAAUCUUGCAGCCGGCAUCAAUGAUGAUACCAAGUCCAGGAUAGUAGCUGAUCUGAUGGGUUGGCUGAAGGGCUUCAAUCUCCCUCUAGAGGUGAUCAGCUCCAGUGUGGAUGCCCUCGUCUGCCUCGGCCAGUCUGAGAACGUCAUGGACACUAUGGCCUUUCUGAAUCAGUACUGUGGAGAGCUGGUCUCGCUGUGUGAGGAGUAUCUCUCUGGUAUCCUCUUAAACGAGAGAGGAGCGGAGAACCUGAACGAGGAGCUGCUGGUGAAGUAUGUAUACACUCUGGGUGCAGCCUCCCUUCACUGCCCUGCCAAAGUCAAGAAGAGGGUUUUCCUGCUCAUUCAGUCCAUUCUGACCUCCUCUGAGCAGUCUGGUUCAGAGGAAGGGGCGGAGCUACCAGCCAGCCAGCCUCUCUCUCAGUUCAAGUCCUCCUCUAUGCCGACGGUGGUACGAGCUCACGCAGUCAUCACUCUGGGGAAGCUGUGUCUGCAGCACGAGGAGCUGAUGGUGAAGUAUCUGCCGGCGUUUGCUCGUGAGCUGGAGGUGGGGAAGGAGCUGGCCGUGCGUAAUAACGUGGUGGUGGUGCUGUGCGACCUGUGCGUUCGCUACCCCAACACCCUGACCCGCUACAUCCCCAACAUCUCCGCCUGCCUCAGAGACCCUGAGCCCCUCAUCAGAAAGCAGACGCUCAUUAUGCUCUCCAACCUGCUGCAGGAAGAGUUUAUUAAAUGGAAGGGGUCUCUGUUCUUCCGCUUUACUGUUGCUCUGGUGGACCCUGAACCUACUAUUUCUGAUCUCUGCGAGUACUGUCUGGUGGACCUGUUCCUGAAGAAGAACCAGCUGAUGUUCUCCCAACACUUUAUCGAGUGCAUCUUCCACUUCAACUCGUACGAGAAGCACAAGAAAUACAACAAGUUCUCUCAGACGGACAGCGAGAAGAUCAAGUUUUCCCUCAAAGGAAUGAAGAACCAGGGCAAACGUUUCCGCAUCUACAGAUUCCUGCUGAAGAACUUCACAGACGAACAGCGCUUUAAUAUCACCACGCGAAUCAGCCAGGAUGUCCUCGCUCUGUUCGUGGACUCGGAGUUGCCGCUGGAUGCUGACGGAUCGGAGCUGCUGGCCGACGUGUUUGAUGUUCUUUCCCUGAAAGAGAUCAAGCUGACUGCUAUCAGUGGCUCCGCCCACGCUGACGAGCCACCUGAAGACGAGAUGGCUGCGGCUAAAGUCAUCAUGCAGAAGAAGCUCGUCUCGCAGGUUCAGAAGAAGAACUUUGUGGAGAACGUGAUUCCCAUGGUCAUUGCUUUAAAGAACCAGCUGGAGGAACACCGCUCUCCUGUCCUCAAACACCUCAUGGCUUACCUUCAGGUGACCAUGCAGGACUACCGCUCGGAGGUGAAGGAGCUGUUUGCUGCAGACGAGCAGCUGGCCGCUGAGGUGGAGUACAACCUGAAGAUGUACGAGAAGCAGAAACAGCAGGAGCAGCAGGAGCAGCUGGAGCAGCAGCUCACCAACUUCACUCUGUCUCCUAGUCCUGGCAAUGCGGCCACCGCUGCUGCUGCUGCAGCUUCUCCAGCGGCGAGAGCUGGACUCAGACCAGGUGUUACCACUCCUCUCGCCCCACGUUCUGCUCAGAUACCUGCAGACAAGCGGAAAGCUUCUGACGUGCUCAGGCGUCGUACGUUUGCUGCUAUGCUGACUCCUGUGGGAAGAAGAGUCUCCCAGGACACGAUAUCCUCAGUUCCAUCAAAGGGGUUUUAUGAUGGCAGAGCUAUCAGCACUCCACAAGCGAGCAUCAAUGAAGUGACGUUCGGAGAGCAAGUCAGCGCUAUUCACUGUGACGGAGCGAGACGAGACACAACAGGGGAGGGGAGUGUUCUGCAUCUGAAGUCUCCUGAGCAUCAAGCACCAGCUCCCAGGCAGUGGAAUGUGGAGUCUCCCAUUGUGAGGAAAAGCAGAGGCAGGAAAAGACAGUUAUAAAAAACAAACAAACAUGCAUUUAUAUCAAGCCAUUAUGAUUUUCAUAAACUUUACUGCUGUUUUCAUACUUUUCUAUGUCUGAUCUGUCCAGUUUUUAACUGUAAUUUUUUACAUAUUUUUCUGCAUUUGUUAUUUCUGCUUGUCUGAAAUGUACUGAUAACUCUUGUGUAAAUAAAUAUGAGCAUCGAUUCUGGUGGUUUUAAAUGUU